AAGGUCCACAACCCCAACCAAGAGCACAAAGCAGAGACAACAACAAGAGCCACCAGUCAAAACAAAGAGGGAAGCCAGCACUGACGGACAAACACUUGAUCUUCAGCGGAGAAGCUUUAGAACUUUUUUGUCUAACUGAGCACUUGCUCACUGCAACGCUCUCAGUAAAUCUUUUUUGUUCCAUUUUGCAGCAACCUACAGUAGAUCUCAUCAUGAGAUGCUGUGCUUUAGCAGUGUGUUUAGUUUUGGGGAUAAGCAUGCAGGAUGGAUGGAGCCUUCCCCUCAAGUCCGUCUUUGUCACCUUCCCAGGAGACAUCAUCAAAAACAUGACUGAUUCGGAGCUGGCAGAAAGUUAUCUGAAGAAGUUUGGCUACAUGGACACGCUGCAGCGCAGUGGCUUCCAGUCUAUGGUGUCCACCUCCAAGGCUUUGAAGAGGAUGCAGAGGCAGAUGGGGCUGGAGGAGACCGGAGAGCUGGAUAAGUCCACCCUAGAGGCCAUGAAACAUCCUCGUUGUGGGGUUCCUGAUGUGGCCAACUACAAAACAUUUGACGGAGACCUCAAAUGGGACAGUCACGAUGUCACUUAUAGGAUCCUUAACUAUUCCCCAGACAUACAGAGCUCUCUGACUGAUGAUGCCUUUGCCAGAGCCUUCAAGGUGUGGAGUGAUGUGACCCCUCUCACCUUUACCCGCCUGUUUGAUGGGACAGCUGACAUCAUGAUAUCAUUUGGAAAAGCCGACCACGGAGACCCAUACCCAUUUGAUGGUAAGGAUGGUCUUCUGGCCCAUGCUUAUCCCCCUGGUAAGGGUGUGCAGGGAGAUGCCCACUUUGAUGAUGAUGAAUACUGGACUUUGGGAACAGGACCAGUUGUGAAGACUCUCUAUGGGAAUGCGGAUGGUGCCAUGUGCCACUUCCCCUUCACUUUUGAGGGCAAAUCCUACUCCACCUGUACCACUGAUGGCCGUCCGGACAACCUGCCAUGGUGCGCCACCACAGCUGACUACAGCACAGACCAGAAAUACGGCUUCUGCCCAAGUGAACUUCUUUACACAUUUGGAGGAAAUGCCGACGGAGCUAAGUGUGUCUUCCCUUUCAUCUUUCUGGGAGAGACAUAUGACAGCUGUACCACAGAGGGCCGCAGCGAUGGCUACCGCUGGUGUGCCACCACAGACAACUUUGACAGGGACGUAAAAUAUGGAUUCUGUCCCAGUCGUGACACCGCUGUAACCGGAGGAAAUUCUGAGGGAGAGCCCUGCCACUUCCCCUUUGAGUUCCUGGGUAAAACGUAUGACUCCUGUACUAGUGAGGGACGAGGAGAUGGCAAGUUGUGGUGCAGUACCACUGCCAGCUAUGAUGAUGACAAGAAAUGGGGCUUCUGUCCUGACCAGGGUUACAGUCUGUUCCUGGUGGCAGCCCAUGAGUUUGGACAUGCCCUUGGCCUGGAUCAUUCCAACAUAAGAGAUGCCCUCAUGUACCCAAUGUACAGCUAUGUGGAAGACUUCUCCCUGCAUGAAGACGACAUUGAAGGCAUUCAAUAUCUCUACGGACCCAAAACAGGCCCCACUGCCUUCCCCCCUCAGCCCAACACCCCCACCACAGUCCCCUACCCAGACCCUGAUAAUACUGACCCUACAAAUGAACCUAGACCCACUGAACCCACCACCACUACAAGAUCUGUGGAUCCGACCAAAGAUGCCUGCAAGUUCACCAAAUUCGACGCCAUCACUGUGAUUGAGGGAGAACUACAUUUCUUCAAGGAUGGACAUUACUGGAAGACGUCCAGCAGCAGCGAUGGAGGACCCACGGGACCAUUUUCUAUUUCUGAGAGGUGGCCAGUUCUGCCAGCAGUCAUUGAUUCUGCCUUUGAGGACCUUCUGAGCAGGAAAUUGUACUUCUUCUCAGGGACCCGAUUCUGGGUGUACACAGGGCAGAAUGUUCUGGGUCCCCGCAGCAUAGAGAAGCUCGGCCUCCCCAACAGCAUUCAGAAGGUGGAGGGAGCACUGCAGAGGGGUAGAGGCAAAGUGCUGCUCUUCAGUGGGGAGAACUUCUGGAGGCUUGAUGUGAAGGGACAGAAUAUCGACAGAGGGUACCCCAAAUACACAGACGCUGUCUUUGGUGGCAUCCCCAAUGAUGCUCAUGAUGUGUUCCAGUACAAAGGUCACGUGUACUUCUGCCGGGACCGCUUCUACUGGCGUAUGAAUUCCCGCAGGCAGGUGGAUCGUGUUGGCUAUGUGAAAUAUGACCUUCUUAAGUGCUCAGAUUCUUCAAGCACUAGCUACUGAGGCAAUGAACACACAGCGAUGAGCAGGAAAUCGUCUGUAAUGUGGUAGUACCCAUUUCUCUCUCCUGCGCAGGUGUCAGGGAGAAUGUGAUGCAGUAUUUGUGUAUAGCACCUGUUGUAUGAUGUGUGUGCUUUCUGAGAUGUGAAUGAUUGGCCAUCAUUGAUGUUGGCUAAUUUUAAAACAUACAGCAUUGGUCUAAAAAUAAGUCCAAGUCCCAAAGGAAAGCAAAGCAAGUUGCUAUCUUUGGCACUACCCUGCCCUCUGUCUGUUAAUCUGUGAACUUUUAGGUUAUGAUGGUCUAAAAUUUAAGCCAUAACCACAACUAAAAUAUUCUCAAAAGCUAUCUGGAUGAGAUUACAAGAUUGCUAAAUAAUUUCUUUAUGUCUGACAGGUUCAGACUCUUAACAUUAUUUGAUUAUUUUGGUAUUUAUAGCAAUAUCUAAUAUUAUUUUUUAUGUCCUGAAGCUUGUUUGUUUUGUAUAACUCUGUGUGUGUAUUUCUGAAAAUGGCUUCAAAGCCAAUUACUUGCACUGGAAGACGAUCUAUGUCUCCUUCACUGAAACUAUUUAUGAGACUGAUAUGUUUUGUAUCAAAGUUUUAACUUUCAAUGCAAUAAACAUUCCAUGAGAA